AGCACGCAUCCCGGCAUGUCCUUUUCCGUCAUUCUCAACACCUCCCAGUACUUAAGCAGCUGGCCCGCUCUUAGCUUCGUCGUGCUCACCUUAACCACGACGAUGGAGGCCUCGUCGUCGUCGCUGAGUUCGCUGCGGCACAGGCUGAGGGCCACGGUGUGCUGCUGCUUCGGCCAGGGCGGUGGCGCCGGGGAGCGGAUGCGGUGGCGCCGCCGCGCCGGCGUCGGGGAGUUCCGGUACGACCCGCUCAGCUACGCGCUCAACUUCGACGGAGGGGGCGUCGACGUUUGCGACGAGGAAGAGGAGGACGUUCAUGCCGGCCGCGGCGACGGUCUCCUCUACCAGAGCUUCUCGUCGCGGCUGUCGACGCCGGCGGCGAUCGUCAAGGUCGCCUGAGAAUUGGCUACCUGAUCGGAAGGUCCGAUGAGUUCAAGAAUACAUACGAUGUUUCCUACUUGAAUUGCGUGCAACAACUCCAUGCGUUCGUCUCUGUUUUGAUUCUACAUGUGUCAAAGUGUGAAACAUCCAUGUAAAAACUUAGUUAUGUUACGUGCUUGAUUAUCGAUUAAUAUCCCAUUUGGAGGGCUUCCAGCUUUGUUUACGACGCAAGAAUUUCACAAGAGGUACUAGCGUUCUGUU